AUGAUGCAGCCAAGCUCUGCACUUCUUCUUGUUGCAUCCCUUCUGACAGCUUUGCCUGUCAACGCGGAUGGACUGUAUACUAAAAAGUCACCUGUACUGCAGGUCACUCAGAAGAACUAUGACCAGCUCAUUGCUAGUUCUAACUACACAUCGAUCGUAGAUUGCGCCUCUUUCAGAUUCUAUGCCCCGUGGUGUGGCCACUGCCAGAGCCUUAAGCCUGCAUACGAGAAAGCCGCCAAGAACCUGGAGGGGCUGGCCAAGGUUGCCGCUGUAAACUGCGAUGAGGAUGCGAACAAACCCCUGUGUGGUCGUAUGGGCGUACAAGGAUUCCCCACACUCAAGAUUAUCACGCCUUCGAAGAAGCCCGGCAAACCCAGGGUGGAGGACUAUCAGGGAGCUAGAAGCGCCAAGGCGAUCGUCGAUGCAGUUGUGGACAAGAUCCCAAACCAUGUAAAGAAGGCCACGGACAAGGAUCUGGAUCAAUGGCUUUCGAAGGACGAAGACAAGCCUCGGGCAAUUCUGUUCACUGAGAAGGGUACAAUCAGCGCUCUUAUCAAAGCCGUGGCUAUCGAGUUCCUCGGCUCGAUUCAGGUCGGUCAGAUUCGCAACAAGGAGGCCGCCGCGGUGGAGAAGUUCGGCGUCACACAGUUUCCCACUCUGGUCUUGGUUCCUGGAGGUGGCAAAGAGCCCAUCAAAUACAGCGGCGACCUCAAGAAGCAAGCCAUCGUCGAGUUCCUUAGCCAAGCGGCUGCCCCCAACCUGGACCCUGCCCCUGCCACACCAAAAGCCAAACCUACGAAGUCGAACAAAUCGGCCAAACCCGCCAAAACGUCGACUGUGCUCGACGAUGAAGCAGAGAACCUGAAGCCCACUGAAUCCCCCGAUCCCAAGGUCGUCUCGGAUGACGCGACGGAAUCCAAGCCCGCGCAGGUACCAAUCGCAGCACCACCCAUCGCCGCACUCCCCACCGUAGAGGCGCUGGAGACUGCCUGCCUGACCCCCAAGUCUGGCACCUGCGUCCUCGCUCUUUUCCCCGAACCCAGCGAACCCAACGCCGAGAUCCCCAGCUCCGCGAAAGAUGCGCUUCUUAGUCUGUCCGAGGUCGCACACAAGCACGCGCUGCGCAAGAGCAAGCUCUUCCCCUUCUACGCUGUGCCAGCCAUGAACAGCGGCGCUAAGGCUCUGCGUGCUGGGCUUGGAUUACCCGAGGACCAGACCUCGAUUGAGGUCGUUGCUGUGAAUGCGCGCAGGGGCUGGUGGAGGCGCUACGAUGCCUCGGAAACUCAGGACUUUGGGCCUGCCGCAAUGGAAGCAUGGAUCGAUGCUAUUCGACUGGGAGAGGGUUCGAAGAGCAAGUUGCCUGAGGGCAUUGUGGUCGAACAGAAGGAGGCUGAGAAGCAGGCUGAGAAGGAGACAUCCGAUCAUGAUGAAUUGUAA